AUGGCAUCUUCCUCGCACGGUUACGACGAUGGCGGAAGUGACGAUGCCUCGGUGCAACUCAACCCCCGCCAAGAGGUCAAGCGCUUCAUCAGGAACGUCGAAACUCCUGGUACCUUCGCGUUCGGCUCGAGCCUGCUCGCUCCUUCUCCAAAGCUCACCGUGCAAGGUCUCGGGAGCAUCUCCCUACCCCUGAGCAACGAACACGUGGGCGCGCUGAGGGGUGCCGCCGAGCGCGCACCGUUCGGUCAUGGAACAGAGACGAAGGUGGACGAGAGCGUGCGUCGGGCGUGGCAGAUCGAUGCCUCCCUCCUCGGGCUCUCGAACGAGUUUGCUCAAGCCGUAGGGAAGAAGUACGCCUUGCACGCCGCGGGAAAGCUGGGGCUGAGGGCCAAGGCCUUGGGCGUGGAGGCCAGGCUGUACAAGCUCGUGAUGUACGAGAGUGGAGGACACUUCCGGCCACACAAGGACACCGAAAAGGAGGCCGGGAUGUUCGGAACGCUCGUGGUGCAGCUACCGACCGCCGCCGGGCACAAGGACCCGGACGGGAGCUACGCCCGCAGACUUGGGGGUGGAGUGGCGGCAGCUGUGGCGGGAACGGCAGCCGGCGUACCGACCGCCGCAGCGGAUGGGGUCGCCGGGGGCAUGGCCAGCACUCCGCCCUCUUCUCUUCCCGUGCGUUGCGCGGCGUUCUAUGGCGACUGUGAGCACGAGCUGCAGACAGUCACGAGCGGUGUGAGAUUGUGCCUCCUGUACAACCUCGUGCGGACCACGCCGGGUCCCCAGCCCGUCGGCGCCGUCGGCCAGAGCGGAUCGGCGGCGUAG